UGGGGUAGCGGCCGCCGCCUCCAGGUGCAGGCUCUCACGGGCCGCUACCGCCACCCGCUGCCGCCGCCACUCAAGCCCUGGGGCGCGCUGAGGUCCUGGCCGGCCAUGGGGCUGCAGAGGCUGCAGCUGCUGCCGUGAAAAGGGGCGAGGGAGCCGCGACGCUCGGGGUUCCCGGCUGCCUGCAUGGAUGUCUUCAGCUUUGUGAAGAUUGCAAAGCUCUCGAGCCACAGGACCAAGUCUUCAGGCUGGCCCCCUCCCUCUGGAACCUGGGGCUUGAACCAGGUUGCGCCCUAUGGAUGGGAGAUGACGUCGAACCGGGAUGGCCGCGACUGCUUCAUCAGUCACAUGACUCAGGCAGUCCCGUUUGAUGACCCUCGGUUCGAGAGCUGCCAAAUCAUCCCUCCAGCCCCGAGGAAGGUGGAGAUGAGGAGGGACCCUGUGCUGGGAUUCGGUUUCGUGGCAGGGAGUGAAAAGCCGGUGGUUGUUCGCUCAGUGACGCCAGGCGGCCCCUCGGAAGGCAAGCUGAUCCCGGGAGAUCAGAUAGUAAUGAUCAAUGACGAGCCGGUGAGCGCCGCACCAAGGGAGCGGGUCAUCGAUCUGGUCAGAAGCUGCAAAGAGUCGAUACUCCUGACUGUCAUUCAGCCUUACCCUUCGCCCAAAUCAGCAUUUAUUAGUGCUGCAAAAAAGGCCAGAUUAAAGUCCAAUCCCGUCAAAGUGCGCUUCUCCGAGGAGGUCAUCAUCAACGGCCAGGUGUCGGAAACUGUUAAGGAUAACUCACUUCUUUUUAUGCCAAAUGUUUUGAAAGUCUAUCUGGAAAAUGGGCAGACCAAGUCAUUUCGCUUUGACUCCAGCACCUCCAUAAAGGAUGUCAUCUUAACUCUUCAAGAGAAGCUCUCCAUCAAAGGCAUCGAACACUUCUCCCUCAUGCUGGAGCAGAGGACCGAAGGGGCCGGAAGCAAGCUGCUGCUGCUGCACGAACAGGAGACCCUGACUCAGGUCACACAGCGACCCAGCUCCCAUAAGAUGAGGUGUCUUUUCCGAAUUAGCUUUGUCCCCAAGGAUCCCAUCGACCUGUUAAGGAGAGAUCCAGUUGCUUUCGAGUAUCUCUACGUCCAGAGUUGUAACGACGUCGUCCAGGAGCGAUUUGGGCCGGAGCUGAAAUACGACAUAGCCCUGCGGCUGGCGGCCUUGCAAAUGUACAUUGCAACCGUUACCACCAAGCAAACGCAGAAAAUCUCCCUCAAGUACAUCGAAAAAGAGUGGGGAUUAGAGACUUUUCUUCCCUCUGCUGUGCUGCAAAGCAUGAAGGAGAAGAACAUAAAGAAAGCACUUUCACACCUUGUCAAAGCAAAUCAAAACUUGGUACCACCCGGUAAAAAGCUCUCUGCGCUGCAAGCCAAGGUCCAUUAUCUCAAGUUCCUCAGCGACCUUCGUUUGUAUGGUGGUCGUGUGUUCAAGGCAACAUUAGUGCAGGCAGAAAAGCGCUCAGAAGUGACUCUCCUGGUCGGGCCCCGAUACGGCAUAAGCCACGUCAUAAACACCAAAACCAAUCUGGUGGCUCUGUUAGCCGACUUCAGCCACGUCAACAGGAUCGAGAUGUUUACCGAAGAGGAAAACCUGGUGAGGGUGGAGCUGCAUGUGCUGGAUGUGAAGCCCAUCACGCUCCUGAUGGAGUCAUCUGAUGCCAUGAACCUGGCCUGCCUAACAGCUGGAUACUACAGGCUCCUGGUGGACUCCAGGAGGUCGAUAUUCAACAUGGCCAACAAGAAAAAUGCAGGGACACAGGAAACAGGGACUGAAAAUAAAGGAAAGCACAAUGUCCUCGGCCCUGAUUGGAACUGUGUACCCCAGAUGACCACCUUUAUUGGCGAAGGGGAACAAGAAGCCCAGAUAACAUAUAUAGACUCCAAACAGAAGACGGUGGAGAUUUCGGAUGGCACGUCAUGUCCAAAAGACCACCGGCACUUGUACAUGGCCAACACCUAUAAUUCGGAUGAACUCAACCAACCGCUGGCUCAGCCGGGAGAUGCUGCAUGUGAGGCUGACUACAGAAGUCUAGCUCAGCGGUCCCUGUUGACCUUCUCGGGACCAGAAACUCUAAAGAAAGCACAGGAGUCUCCGAGAGGAGCUAAAGUGUCCUUUAUUUUUGGAGAUCUUGCCAUGGAUGAUGGGAUCAAUCCCCCGACUCUCAGCUAUGAGAGGCUACUGGACGAGAGUCCGGAGCUCCUGGAGAAGCAGUCACAUGUCUACAUGAGCAGUGCCAAUGACAUGAAGAGCCUGGAACUCACGCCAGAUGCGGACAACAUCCAAUUUGUGGAACAUUCUGUUUAUGCAAACAUAGGUGACGUGAAGACCUUCGAGGCCACCCAGGGGAUAGAGGAGCCCCUGCUGCGUGAUAUUUGCUACGCAGAAAACACCGACGAUGCAGAAGAUGAGGAUGAGGUGAGCUGUGAGGAGGACCUCAUGGUGGGAGACAUGAACCAGCCAGCCCUCCUCAACCUGUCCGGGUCAAGUGAUGACAUCAUUGACCUCACGUCCCUGCCCCCUCCUGAAGGAGACGACAAUGAGGAUGACUUCCUGCUGCGUUCCUUGAACAUGGCUAUCGCCGCACCCCCACCUGGCUUCAGAGAUAGUUCAGAUGAGGAGGAUUCUCAGAGCCAGGCAGCUUCCUUCCUCGAGGACAAGGAGCCAGGCGGCAACCUGCAAAAUGAUGAGAUCCCCGUGUCCCUCAUUGACGCUGUGCCCACCAGCACUGAGGGAACAUGUGACAAGGGGCUGGAUAACACUGUCGUUUCCCCGCUGGAAGCUCUAGAAGCUCUGUCCGUGUCAGAAGAACAGCAGACCAGUAACAAUUCAGGUGUAGCCAUCUUGAGGGCUUAUAGUCCCGAGUCUUCCUCAGACUCAGGCAAUGAAACUAACUCUUCUGAAAUGACUGAGAGUUCUGAACUGGCCACAGCACAGAAGCAGUCAGAAAACCUCUCCCGCAUGUUCUUGGCCACUCAUGAAGGCUACCACCCCCUGGCAGAAGAGCAGACAGAGUUCUCCACCUCCAAAACCCCUGCUGGGGUCUUGCCCCCCAAGUCCUCCCAUACUCUGGCCACCCGUCCAGUGACAGACCUCCCGCCCAAAGUCGUGCCUUCCAAGCAGAUACUUCACUCAGACCACAUGGAGAUGGAGCCUGAAACCAUGGAGACCAAGUCGGUCACCGACUAUUUUAGCAAACUUCACAUGGGGUCAGUGGCGUAUUCCUGCACCAGCAAAAGGAAAAGCAAGCUGGCCGAUGGGGAGGGCAAAGCGCCCCCUGUGGGGAACGUACCAGGGAAAAAGCAGCAGGGAACCAAAACAGCUGAGGCAGAGGAGGACGCCAAAGGUAAAUUUGGUACCGUGUCUUCAAGGGACAGUCAACACCUAAGCACUUUUAACCUGGAGAGAACUGCCUUUCGCAAGGACAGCCAAAGAUGGUAUGUGGCCACCGAGGGCGGGGUGGCUGAAAAAAGUGGAUUGGAAGCAGCCACAGGGAUACUCUUUCCAAGAGCUUCUGGUCUGGGGACAAGGGAGGCCGAAGGGAAGGAUGAAGGGACCCCCAGUGGGGAAGCCAAUGAGGUUUCAGGACUUGGCCAACGGGACCACUUCUUAACUGACGUGACCUGUGUCUCUUCAGCCAAAGACUUAGAUAACCCAGAGGAUGCUGACCCAUCUACCUGUGACCAUCCUUCCAAGCUUCCUGGGGCGGAAGAGAGUGUGGCCCAUCUUUGUGACUACCACUUGGCCAAGCGGAUGUCAUCAUUACAGAGCGAGGGCCAUUUUUCUCUGCAGAGCUCUCAGGGCUCUUCGGUGGACGCGGGCUGUGGCACAGGCAGCAGCAGCAGCACCUGCGCCACACCCGUGGAGUCCCCACUCUGCCCCUCCAUGGGGAAGCACUUGAUUCCUGAGACGUCAGGAAAAGGCGUGACUUAUGUUCCUUCAGAGGAGAGGGCCACUGGGCUGCCCAACCACGGGGCCCCCUUCAAGGAAUCACAUCCACAGACAGAAGGGGUGUGUCCGCGGAUGACAGUGCCUGCUCUGCACACAGCCAUUAAUGCCGAACCCCUGUUUGGCACUUUGAGAGAUGGAUGUCAUCGACUCCCCAAGAUUAAGGAAACCACAGCUUUGACAGAGUCUGGGAAGGAGAGACGAGGAAGCAUGCCUUCAGUUUGGUCUCAAUAUCCUGAAGCUGAUCCCAUCCUGCUACCAUCAACCAUUCACUCGGAAUCAAAGGUGCCAAUUCCAAAUCAAGACCCCACUGAUUUCUCCCAAGCAUACCAGGCCUACGGAGAGGCUGUGAGCCGGCAGCCACCGGAUCUGAGAGGGGAGAGCCAUGGGACAGCCCCCAGCCAGAGGGCUCUGAGACGUAGCAGCAGUAUCCUCUCAGAAUGUGUAGGUUUGGAGACCUUCCGAGAGAGAAGCAAGGUUGCAGUCAGCUUCAAGUGUCCAGGUAUCACAGAUGCACAGGAGGCCAGUUCAGAAAGGCGGGCAGAACUCCCACUGGGGAAGAAGCUCACCAAAAGUUUUUCCCAAAGCUCGAUGCACUUUAGCUCUGACGGGAAGUUCCACAAAAGGUCCCCGGUGGCUCACAAAGACUCGAAGCUAUAUAAGACAUUACCCUUGCGGAAGCUGGAGGGCAGCAAUUGGAGAUGCCGGGGACCUUUCAGCUACUGCUUUCUGAACCGAGGGCAGGAUGAAGAUGAAGAGGAGGAUGAAGAGGAAGGAGAGCCCACCCGUCGGAUCUCUUGCCUCUUCCCACCACAGGUGACUGAAGCCAUGCCUGAGCCAACCAGCCUGCCCCUGACUGUUGGGAUCCAGAGGCAAGGAGUGGCGCUGUCCAGAGUUUCAGUGCUGAAGGUCUGGGCAGAAGACCUGAGUAGUCCAGAUGACAUGGACUUCAGCAACCUGGCUUUUGAUGCCCGGAUCGCAAGAAUAAAUGCCCUGAAGCAGAGUACGUAUGCAAUGCCCGAUGGGUUCCUCGCAGCCCAAAAUGAUGCCAAUGAGCUGCUCUGCCUCGUCAGGGCAACCAAGGGGAAGAGAGAGGAGUCACGCCCCGAAGCGUAUGACCUCACACUCUCUCAGUACAAGCAACUGUUAUCCAUUGACUCCAGACAAUUGGGAAGUGCCUGUAGGAAAAUGGCGAUGGCCGAGAAGAGCCCAGAGGAGAUGCUCCUAGCUAUGACUUCUAGCUUUCAAGUGCUCUGUUGCCUAACAGAAGCUUGCAUGCGAUUAGUUAAAGUCGUGAACUCAGAAACACAGCGGCAGGAGAUUGUAGCGAAGAUUGAUGAAGUGGUCAUAAACUACAUUUGUCUCCUGAAAGCUGCCGAGGCAGCCACUGGAAAGACCACUGGGGAUCCCAGUGUUGGACUCUCCACGCGACAGUCAACUACCAUGGCCGCUCUCGUAAGCACACUAACACGUUCUCUCAAGAUGCUUUUAAAUAAAUAAAGUCUGAAAGUCACGUCAUAAUCUACCUUUGCAAAGCCAUACAUGAACUUUUAUUUACUUUCUGUGUACGAUGAACAGAUGUCUCCUUUCUUCUCCCUGUAUAUUUUGUUAUUUUGUAUAAAAUAGGAGAUAAAAGUCACAUUGGUGAAAUGUUGAAAUGUACUAAUCAGAUGUACUCUGUUUAUAUUAUACGUAUAUACAUGUAAAAGAAAUAUACAAGAAAGGGAUGACAUUUGGCUAUUUUUCAUAUAGUCGAAACUUGGGGUAUAUGAUGUGAGAUUUUAAAUUUUACCGUGUUAGACCAAAACUAUGAAUCCUAUUCCCUCUCCUCCCAAGCAGAUAGCUGGAGACCAUAUCAUUCAUAUAUAGGAGGAAAAAGAAAGAAAGAAAGAAAGAAAGAAAGAAAGAAAGAAAGAAAGAUAGAUCACAAUGUAUAUAAAACAAUACUUAUGUUUUAAAAUUAUGAUUUUUAAGUAUUGGAACUAGCAAAAAGACAUUUAAAAUUCAAGAAGCUACUAUGAAUUAUUAGAGAAUAUAUAUAAUAAAUUAAUUUUUUGCUCAUAGUGUUUGGUUAUCUGAUGCUUUCUUCCAAGAAUCCCAUAUGUUUCAUUUUGGCUUAUUCCAUGUGGGUUAAAAUGGGUGGAGGUGGAUUCUAUUGUGUCAACGCAAAUGCUCUUCAUGAUGUUCCUAGAGUUAGAAUACUUCCCAAGUAGAAGGACAGAAGGAAGGAUGGGCAGGUCCCUGGGUAAUACCUAGCUAUAGAUUAUCUAAUUACAGAAAAUGAAAGAAUUCAUACCAAAAUUAAAGUUUUUAAUGACAAGAGAGAUCUGCUUUGACUCAAUGUCAAAAUAUGUAAACCAAAGACAUCAUCCACCCCACCCCCAACUCGACCAUGAAACUUAGAAUUCUCUUAAGAGUGACAGAACAUUUAAUAAAGUAUUGCAAAAUUAUAAAAAAUAACAACAACAUUUGAUGAUCAUUGAAAGUAAGUGCAGAUCCAGUCCCAUCAACCGGACUGCACAGCAGCCUGAGCCACAUCUCAGAUCGUAGCACUUUAGUAUCACACAGCUUCAUGCCGCACCUUCUCUACCGGGGCCAAUGCUUCCAAGCCCACUAGGAAUUCCAGCCUAACGCUGGGACAGACUUUCAAAUCUGCAACGUUCGCAAAAUCAGGGAGAGAUAGCUCCUCUAAUAUAGAGGCCGUGAUUAAAUAAACAAUUAAGUGUUUCUUAAAUGAUCUAAUCUGAAUCGGCUUCUAGAAAUAGCAAAGCUAAACAACAACAACAACCAAAAAAGGACAAAGAGAAGUGGUCAGUGGGACCAUGUUAGGUAAACCUGAUGGAAUGCAAAGAAGUUUUCGGAACUGUCGUCUCUCUCAAAAUGUAUCUUUGGGUCAAAGCAAAAAGAAUUCGAACUCUGCAAUUGUAAAAUAAAAUUGACAUGUACAUAUAUACUUCAUGGGUCAUUUAGUGCUCAGGCUACACGCACUCCUAUUAAUGUACGUGGCUCCUUAAAAUAUGACAGCCGUGUGCCAAGUACAAAUAUUUCCAUUUUUGUAGCCUGCUGGGCAGGAGGAAUAACGCAGUCUACAAUCACGAUGUCUCAUCAGUCAUUCCACAGAGACUCCGUAACAAAAGUCACAUGUAGUUGUAGAUGGUAGCAUACAAAAGGCGUUUAGACAUGUGUUAUUUAAAAUAAUGUUUAAAUGAUAAAACAUUAUUUUAUUACAAUGAUAAAUAUUGGUGUUUGAUAUUGAGAACUAUUAAUGCUGUUUACUGUGGACAUUUUUGGUAAAUAUUCUCUGUACUAAAAUACUAACAUUAACAGGAUGUGUGUUCUAUGUCAGCCAAUGUGCUAAAAACAUAUCUCAUCUAUGAUCUCAUUCAGUCAUCACAACAAUCUUAUGGUUUGGACACUGCCGUUAAUUCCCUAUGGAGGCAACAUGAUUUAGUCAUUGAGGACAUGGGGGUCGAGGUCAGAAACCUCUUGAUUUCAGUUUGGACUCUGCCAUUUUCUAGUGCUUUUGUCUUGGGAAAGCCAGUGGAUUUUUUUCUGUGUCUCAUAGGGUUGUCAUGAGUUCUAAGUCAAAUGAUGUAUGUAAAGUUCUUACUAUAACACCUGGCAGAUUAAGUAAUUAAUGUUAGAUAUUAUUAUCAUCCUAAUCAUUGUGUUAACUAUAUUGCCCAAGAUAAUAUGUGGGGAUGUUUGUUUUAUAUGCAUAUUGUAUCCUGACUCUAUGUGCAGAAUACAUUAUGUGUAUUGCAUAUGUAUAAGAGAAACAUACAAGGAAGUGAUGAUCCUUGUUCAAAUCACACAUCCGGUUGGAACAGCUUCUUCGUCCAUUUCAGUUCAAGAGGCCUCAGUGAAAUACUUCUGGGUCUUUCUAAUCAAUGUCCCAUUAUGGGUGCUCCAAUAAGUUUCUGUUUCUUAUAAACAAACUCUUUGCUACUUAGAAAACCUGAAGG